AUGGCUUCCGUCGUAGGGCACUCGUUGCUAACCUUCCUCCUCCUGUUCGCCGUCUUUUCCCCUCAUGUCCACGCGCGAGAGAGUCGGGCCUUCAGCAAGGUCACGCGGGAGGAGGUCCCCAACGAAACAGUCGUCGUCCCCGAGGAGACGCCGGCGGUUCAAGUCGAGAAGGCAGCAGCGAGACUUGGCAAGGAGACGUAUGGCUACGGUUACAACAGCAACGGGGACGCUCACUACUACGACGCUGAUGGUUUCUCUACGAGCUUCCCCAACACCAAACCCAAUGCGAAGUAUGGAAGCUAUAAGAACAGAGAAUCAAUGUACCGCCCAAACUACGGCUACAGGAAGGAUCAAUAUGGAAUGAGCGACACCAGGUUUCUGGAGAACGGGAGGUACUUCUACGACGUUAAUGCUGAGAGGGGAUACGGAGCAUAUGCUGGUAUCGGCGUAGGUGGUGGCGAUCACCAUGGUUAUGGAGCAUAUAAUAGCGAGGGAAACAGGUACGAGGGCAGCAACCAAGAAGGCGAGGAGUACGUUCCAUGA